GCAUAGAGGACGACACCAAACUCAAACAUGGUCGGGGAGUUUCUGGCCGGAAGGCUACAUAUUAUUGCAAGGGCAAUGGUGGCUGCUUUUGUAGAAAACAAGGAAAGUCAACAAGAGGAAAGGAUACAAGACAUUUAUGAUUCCAACCCGUUCGAUAUAUUUCUUCAUGGCCGCGUCUCAUUUGUUCGUCAGGUGUUUAACAGUAGGCGGCUGGUUGGCUGGCUGGGUUUAUAUAUACCUAUACCUACACCUACACCUAUACCUAUACCUAUGACCAUUGAUAUAUUAUAUUAUAUAGCUAUUGCUGCAUUUGAGACGGGAUAUAUAUUGGGGUUUCUGUUCUCUCGUCUCUUUGUUUUUUUUUAUUUAUGUACUCUCUUAGGGGUUGGGCGGAUGGGUGGGUGAGGGGAUGAGGCUUGUUGUAUCUAGGUGUGGUUGAAUUAGAAGAUAUAUCCUUAUAAAUCCUCGCCAUGCUCUCUCUCUCUCUCUCUCUCUCUCUCUCUCUC